GCCGCUGCCGCCGCUAACUUUGCUUCUUCGCCAAGAGACGCUCUUCGAGCAGGCAGAAGGUCGGCGGAGCCCCAGCCGGUCCGCAGCUGCCCCCCGCGAUGAAGAGCCACCGCCGGCGGUGGCGGUGGCGGGGGGAGCACCGGCGGUUCGCCGCGGUGCUGGUGCUGUACACGCUGCUGCUGCUCCUGCUGGUGCCCUACGCGCUGGACUACGGGUCCAGGCGGGGGCGGACGGACGAGGAGCCGCUGCUGCGGCGCUGCCCCAGCCUGGAGGAGGCUCUGAGCGAAUGGGGCUGGGAUCAGCAGCCGCUGCUGGACGAGGAGGACGACGAGGAUGAGGAGGGCGGCGGCGGCACGGCCGGGGCGGCGGGCAACGAGAGCGCGGCGGGGGGAAAGAGGCACAUCUACCUGCACGCUACCUGGCGCACGGGCUCCUCCUUCCUGGGGGAGCUCUUCAACCAGCACCCCGACGUCUUCUACCUCUACGAGCCCAUGUGGCACCUGUGGCAGGCCCUCUACCCGGGGGACGCGCUCAGCCUGCAGGGCGCCCUCCGCGACAUGCUGCGCGCCCUCUUCCGAUGCGACUUCUCCGUCCUGCGCCUCUACGCCGCCCCGCCCGCCCCCCGCGACCCGCUGGCGGCCGCCGCCGCCGCCCCCAACCUCACCACCGCCGGCAUCUUCGGCUGGCGGACCAACAAGGUGAUCUGCUCGCCGCCCCUCUGCCCCGCCGCCCCCCGGCCCCGCCAGGAGAUCGGCCUGGUCGACGGCGCCGCUUGCGAGGAGACGUGCCCGCCGCGGGGGCUGCAGGAGCUGGAAGCCGAGUGCCGCAAGUACCCGGUGGUGGUCAUCAAGGACGUGCGGCUGCUGGAGCUGGGCGCCCUGCUGCCGCUGCUGCGGGAACCGGGGCUCAACCUGCGGGUGGUGCAGCUCUUCCGCGACCCCCGCGCCGUCCACAACUCCCGCCUGAAGGCGCGGCAGGCGCUGCUGCGGGAGAGCGUCCAGGUGCUGCGCAGCCGCCACCGCACCGAGCCGCGGGGGCCGCCCCGACACCAGUCCCAGCAGCUCCUGCUGCCGCCCGGCCUGCUGGGGGGCGGCGGGCGGGGGCCGGGGCCGCAGCACCGCACCGAGUUCUUCCUCGGCGGCGCCCUGGAGGUGAUCUGCCAGGCCUGGCUCCGCGACCUCCUCCUGGCCCGCCGGGCCCCGGCCUGGCUCCGCCGCCGCUACACGCAACUGCGUUACGAGGACUUGGUGCGGGAGCCCCGCGCCCAACUGCGCCGCCUGCUGCGCUUCGCCGGUUUGACGGUGCCGCCCGCCCUGGAGGCCUUCGUGCUCAACAUGACCCGCGGCGCCGCCUACUCCUCCGACCGGCCCUUCCUCAUCUCCGCCCGCGACGCCAGGGAAGCCAUCCACGCCUGGCGGGAGCGCCUCAGCCGCCAGCAGGUGCGGCAGGUGGAGGACGCCUGCGGAGAGGCCAUGAGCCUCCUCGCCUACCCCCUCAGCGCCGCCGACGCCCGGUAGCCCCCCCGGGGAGAGCCCGCAGCCGGGGGAAGGACGAACCCGCGGGGCCGGGAGGGGAAUGGGCCGGCUGUGGCGUGGCGGCCUCUGCCUGACCAGGCGGGAAGAGAGGAGCGGGGCCAAGCGCUGGGAUUCACCGCGGGCGGGCUGGGCGCUCCCGCAGAGGGCACCGUGUCAGGGAAAGACCCUCUCCGCCUCGGGUAGGGGCAGAGCUGCGGGAUCCUGGAACCCCUUCGAGCCGGUGGCUUCUGUGGGGCUGUGUUUCCUCGCCCCGUGCCGAGGGGUGCGCGGAGAGGGCACCUGGGACGUUUUGUUUAAGGGAAGAGUUUGGCCAGAGGUGUCCUGUGGGCAGGCUCGAAGCCCUUUAACGUGAAACCGCCACGACGUGGGAAGCACGGGUGUCCUUCCAGAAAAC